GUAACUCAUAGAAACACAUUAAUCAAGAUGGAAAACGAUAAAGGUCAAUUAGUCGAAUUAUACGUUCCAAGAAAAUGUUCUGCCACCAACAGAAUCAUCAAGGCCAAGGAUCACGCCUCCGUUCAAAUCAGCAUUGCCAAUGUUGAUGAAGAAGGUAGAGCCAUUGUCGGAGAUGUCACUACUUACGCUUUGUGUGGAUACAUCAGAGGUAGAGGUGAAGCCGACGACUCUUUGAACAGAUUGGCUCAACAAGACGGUUUGUUGAAGAAUGUCUGGUCUUACUCCCGUUAAGUCAGUUGAGUUAUUUAAUUGUAUAGUUAAUUAAUGUCAUUAGAA